UGUUGUAUUCAAUGACGAAUUAAGUUUAACUUUUUUAACUUAAAAAAGAAAGAAAGUUCUUGGAAAAAAAGGAAGAAAGCAAGAGGAAAAAGAGGCAACGCUACCUGAUUCCUUCCGUUAGGUUUUGUUGUUGUUUCUUGCAGUUCAAUCUCUCUCUCUCUCUCUCUCUCUCUCUCUCUCUCUCUCUCUCUGUUUCUGAUUCUAAGGUGAAAUUGCAAAGUAGAAAGAAGAUGGGUCAAGUUUUUCGGAAGUUGUUUGACACAUUCUUUGGCAACUCUGAGAUGAGGGUUGUGAUGCUUGGUCUUGAUGCUGCUGGCAAAACUACUAUUCUCUACAAACUUCACAUUGGUGAAGUUUUAUCUACUGUUCCCACUAUUGGUUUCAAUGUGGAGAAAGUUCAGUAUAAGAAUGUUGUUUUUACAGUUUGGGAUGUUGGAGGACAAGAGAAAUUAAGGCCACUUUGGAGGCACUAUUUUAACAACACUGAUGGUCUGAUUUAUGUUGUUGAUAGCCUGGAUCGUGAGAGGAUAAGCCAAGCAAAGCAGGAAUUUCAGGCAAUCAUAAAUGACCCAUUUAUGCUUAAUAGUGUCAUAUUGGUAUUUGCAAACAAACAGGACCUGAGAGGGGCGAUGACGCCGAUGGAAAUAUGUGAAGGACUAGGCCUCUUUGAUCUAAAGAAUAGAAAAUGGCACAUACAAGGCACUUGUGCCCUCAAGGGAGAUGGCCUUUACGAGGGCUUGGACUGGUUGUCUUCAACUCUGAAGGAGAUAAAAGCUACUGGAUCAGGAGCCUCAUCCUUCUAAUUGUCAAGGUAUUAUGGCCAGGUAAUUGACGAAGGAAAGUGUAGAGUCUGGUUAUCAGUUUCAUUCAAGAAUGCUGUAGAUUGUAGGACAAGUUUUAGUAUGAACCCAGAUUAUUAUGUAAAUACUAGACAACAACAUGUUCAAUCAUGAUCUAUAUAUAAAAUUAAGUUCGGAUUUGUGUAUCUAGAAUGAAAGAUGGGUCCAUCUUCCUGCUAUGAGAGUUGUGAAGGAAACUAUAAAGAGAGAAUUGGUGAAUGCUGACAGAGAACCAUCCUCUAUCCGAUGAAUGUGUCUGCUGAAAAGAUCUGACUGUUGAGAAAAUAAUUUCAUUACUUAAUAUAUCCUAACCCAUGAUAAUAUUUCAAAA